AUGUUCCACACGUUUGAAGGGUUUGAGAACCCAACUGCACCAACUGCGGUCCGCAAUCGGGCCACCAGUGAGAGACGCGAAUCCAUCAGUCGUCGCGUUACCACUCUCCGUGCUUGUACCUCAUGUCGGCACCGCAAGAUCAAGUGCGAUGGUGAGAAGCCAUGUGAGGCAUGUCGAUGGUAUAAAAAAUCAGAUCAAUGUCAUUACUCAGACCCGCGGCCGUCCCGAAGGCACGUAGAGAAGCUAUCCACCACAUUAGAAGAGUACAGAAGUAUUCUGGGAAGACUAUUCCCAGAUCUGCCACCGGAGUCAUUGGUCAAUCUAUCGCGGGAGAAACUGCUCGAGCUCACGACCGCUUCGGCAGGUUCCCAGAUUCAAGCUCUCGCCCAGCAUGUCGAAUCGCCAGCAACUUCAGUCUCAUUGGAUGCUCAUAUGUCGCCUUUAUCAAAUGAAGAUGAUAACCUUGAGUCAUUGCAGAGUAUGCCAGAGGAACUGCCGGAUAGUCGCAACACCAGCUCGACAGACUUGGUGGAAGGCGUUUCUGACGACGUCAAUGGUUUGUCGCUGACUGUUCGACAACCCUCCUCAUAUCUGGGCGUUUCCUCUAUACAGGCGGUCAUAAAAGUGAUUGUCUGGCUGGAUCCAGGCUGCGCAUCAUACUUUUCACGAACCCCAGAGUCCGAGCAGGACACCCAGUCAGGAUGGCCACACCACACACCCAUCACACCACCACAGCCAUGUAUUCCACCGUCAGAGAUGCAGAUGCUGGAUGCUUACUUUCUCUAUUUUCAAGCUUUUGCGCCGAUGAUAGACGAGAAAUCUUUCCGCGAAACCUAUUGUGCCGGUCGCCGCCGAGAUGGCCAUUGGCUCGCACUGCUGAACAUUGUUCUUGCCUUAGGAAGCAUCGCAGCCACGGGCCCCGAUGAUAUGACACAUCAGACAUACUUUCUCCGUUGCAAGAGUCAUCUGAGUAUCAGUUCACUAGGAAGCUCUCACAUCGAGAUUGUUCAAGCACUGGGCCUCGUCGGUGGGUGGUACUGUCACUACAUCAGCCAGCCCAAUUUGGCCUACUCUCUGAUGGGUGCUGCGCUACGUAUGGCGGCUGCCUUGGGACUUCACAAGGAGUUUGCGGAUACUAGACAACUGCCUAGCCCUGCAAAACUCGCUUCAAUGGAUCUUAAGCGCCGCGUAUGGUGGUCUCUGUUCUGCAUGGACACCUGGGCGGGUAUGACACUAGGCCGACCCAGCAUGGGGCGCAUUGGCUCGACUAUCACUGAAAACGUUCUCGAAAUUCUACCACUAGUAGAAAAUAUCCGCUUCGCCAAAAUUGCAACACAGGUGCAAGAGUCCCUGGCUGCUGCACCGCUGGUUAAGCAUCAGGAAAUGGCGCACGCCGACGCCCAGCUACUCGAAUGGUGGGAAAACCUUCCAUCCGUUUUGAAGAAUCACGAGCCUUGCUCGGAAUCAAUCAACACUGUUCGAACUGUUAUGCGUUGGCGCUACUAUAACCAGCGGAUGCUUUUGUAUCGGCCAACGUUGCUCAAUUAUGCCAUGCGCCGCGUCCCCUAUAUUGCUUUGCGCUCUGAAGAGCGCACGGCAAUAGAGAAGUGUCGUGAGGUUGCCCAACAGUCCAUCGAGAAUAUUGCUGCUACAGCUCAGCUCAACCAACUCUGUGGCUGGAACGCUGUCUGGUGGACUUUCCAAGCUUCUAUGGUCCCCUUGGUAGGACUAUUCCUUAAUGAUCCGACAGCCGAUGAUCCACGCGCCUCCGUUGAAUCAUGCCAGGCACAGGUUGAGAUGGCGAUGAUGACACUGGCUCGCAUGCAGUCUUUUGGACAUACGGCGAAGCGCUCUUUGGAUGCGAUAUCUCGUAUCUACGAGGCUAGUAAGCGGGGACAGGGCCUCACUGAACCUGAAUCUGCCAUAUCUCAGCUGGGUGGCUCUUAUUCUUCUGGUCGGGAUUUAUCGCUUCUGUUCUCAUCCCCCUCAGACCCGGGUCGCAGCAAUCCGACUAUGAUUGAUAAUGGGUUCCUCGAUCCUCUCGCUACCCCUUUCACGGAUGAGCUAGGUGGACAAUAUCUGUGGGAGUAUCUGAGCUGGAGUGAUAAUAAUCUCUGGCCUGGAAUUGCCGCAGAAGUCCUGACACCUGACCAGGAGAAAGCCCCAAAUACAGCAUACUUCGAGGCCACUGAUUCUAGUUACGGGCCUGGGGGCUUUUAUUAUUGA